UGCACUAAGUUAAGGCAUGUAUGGUUUUACAUGAUCUAUCACUUAAAAACAUUACUCUUGAAAUUUUAACUCAUACUCAUUUUCCUUAAGCAGAAGUUGACCCCUGGAGGACACAAAACUGGAGUGAGCCUAUCCAAAACCUUUUGGGGAAAAUAAACAAUUUCCAGCCUGUGAACCCAGAGGUUGACACACUGAGAAUUCUUCUGCAUGGACCAGUAGGUUCUGGAAAGUCAAGCUUCAUCAACUCUGUGAAUAAUUGUCUUCAAGGCCGCAUUACUACCAGAGCCCUGGCAAAUAAUUCACAAGGAGACAGUUUCACUUCGAAGUGCAAAACCUAUAAACUGAGGAAAGGCACAACAGGCUCUUACUACCCUUUCACAUUUACUGACACCAUGGGUAUUCAUCAUCAAGGAUCACAUGGGAUACAUAUUGAUGACAUCAUCAAAAUAUUACACGGUCACAUUAGAAAUGAUUAUACUUUUAACCCGGUUGGAGCAAUUACACAUGAAGACUCAAUGUAUAACAGCAACCCCAGUCUGAAAGACAAGAUUCACUGUUUGGUGUCUGUUGUUCCUGCAGAUAACAGUGUCCUAAUGGACGAUGAGGUCAAAAGACAAAUGAUAGAAGUUAGAAUGAAAGCAAGAGAUGUCGGCCUUCCUCAAGCUGUCAUCUUGACUAUGGUGGAUGAAGCAUGUCCACUGGUUAAAGCAAAUCUUGAGAAAAUCUACACAAGCAGGAAAAUAAAAGAGAAGGUGGAAGAAUGUUCUCAGAAACUUGGAGUUCCUGAGAACUGCAUCUACCCUUUAAAGAAUUAUCACAAAGAAGAUGCUACUGGCACCAAAAUGGAUAUUUUGAUUUUAAAUGCUUUCAUAAAUAUUAUUAAUUUUGCUAAUGACUAUGUGGAUGACCACGCUAACAAUGAAUAAAUGCAAAUGAGAAAACAUUACAAACAAACAUUACAAAUAAUUAAUGAUAUAUUGAUAUUUUGGUAGAUUUUAUAUAAAGGGGAAUUCUAGACUUAUUUAAGAUAUGUAUAUGUGAAGUUUUAGCUUAAUAUGCCACAUAGGCUGGAUUUACACUGCAAAUCCUGAUGCCCAAUUCCGAUUUUUUGUCUGUAUUCGAUUUUUUUCUGGUGGUAUUUUUUGACGAUCCACUUAUAUAAUCUUUUAAUAACGUGUAUCCAAUAUCUGCUUUAAGAAUAAACACUUUGCAAAACAAUUCAAGGUAGACAUAGGCCUAUUGACCCGGAACAGCUUAAACCUCAGAGGAAGUAAAAUAUGGCACUAUACAAUGGACACAGACAAAAUGAUUAUACAAGAUUAUAGAGCUUUAUUUCUGCACUCUAAAAAAAAUCCGUAGAAAAACGGAUAAUGUCCUGGCAGAAAAUUACCGGUACCUUUUCCUUUAUGUUUACACAACACGUCUGUAGAUGGGAAUAUCAGGUCUGUCUACAUUGCGGACGCAAAUGCAUGUCUCCAAUUCAUAUCGGAUUUAUUUCCACAUAUGAAUGAGGCAUGAAAUAGAUUGGAGAAUAUCUGAUUUUAUGCGCUUUUUUCCUACUUACAUGUCCGUGGGUCAUAUAUGAUCCAAAUUGGAAUUGAGUCACUUUAAACAGGCAGUGUUAAUGAGGCCCUACAGUAGAUAUGCAAACACUGAUUGCCAUAAUGCUGGUUUGCUGAAAGUGGUCUUUGUUUUGUUGAGCUUCUUAUGCUUGGUGAUUUAUUUACUCAGAAUCUCUCCGCUUCUAAUAGUGAUACCGCUAAAAUGGUGCUUUGGUGAUGUCACACACAGCAAAACCAUGUGUCGGACACUGCUUGUUUCUCAGUCAGAAGGUUGCAGCCUGCAGGGGUUGCAUUUUUAGACUGCAUACUUUUUUAGAAUAUUAAUUAUAAAGUUGACUUUUAUUCUUAGUUAAUCAUAAAUUGUUGUAAUAUGCUUAUGACUUGCGAAUGUAAUGCUUAUGCAACCUCUGCAGGCUUUGGAUUGAGAAACAGCCAAAGACCAAUCGUGCUGUCAAUUAUUCUCUCUCCCUCUCUCUCUCAAAAUAUAUCCGCUAUUACAAAGAAAACUAAGAUCUAAUGUGAUAAAGUAAUUUAAUUGUUGUAGAUUUACCUUAAUAAUAUGUCUUGUGUGUGUUAUGUGUUAAUAACAUGUAAAAAUUUAAGGAACAGUAUGUAACAAAUUUAUAUCAAUUAAUCAUAAAAUGGCCCUGGUAUGUCACUAGACAUUAAGAAAUCAUUUUCAUUUCAAAUACUUAUAUCACUGACAACAGGGGUCUGGCCAGGAUAUUGUCAUUUAAAAAGUGGAGUUGCAGCCCUCAACUGAUGUUUAUGUUGUCAUUUUGUGUAUUGGCCACCAGUUGUGUGAUUGCAGAGGGCUAUUUCAUAAAACUCGCUUGGAAAAGCGAGGAUUAAAGUUACAAACUCGACUUGAAUUAACCUAACAAAUGAGGCGAGGCUAAAGCGGUUUCAAAAAAAGCAAAUGAAGCUUACGCAAUCCAACUAAUGUGAUCCAGAUUUCCCUAGUCAAGAUAAUUGCGCGUGCACGCUAUUCUUGGGCAGCCCUAGAGGUCGAGCGUGGAUCAAAUCAAUCAAAGUUAAAGAGAAAGCGGUAAUUUUUGAUAAAAAAAUGUAUGAAAAUGUACUACUGACUGAAAAUUAUAAUACUGCUGCAAUAAACAAACCCAUAAAAUAAUUGGAAAGUCCUUAUGGAUUAAAUCCCUGCACGCAGAAACUAAAUUUAAAUAUAUUUAUAAAUAUACUCAAAACAUUUUUGAUGGCAAAUUAUGUGUGCGUUAAAGAGCCACAAGUCAUCAUGUUAAA